AUGGCAACUUCGAAUAAAAAAAGCUCAACAUCUCAUGAUGUUAGUACAGAUACAGAUGAUUCUGAUUGCGCAAAAAAUGGUUCAGAUUCAAAUAAUAACAGCGAAAGUUCACCAUCAUCUAAGCAUCGAGGAACCAAACGAGUCAAUAACAAAAUGAAACCAUGCCUUGUACAAAAAACAUCGACAAGUGACGAAGAACUGCUACUAGACGAAACAAAUCAUGUUAGAUUAUUAUCAUCACAUGUCGGACGUUCAUAUGAACAACCAACUCAUGGAAUCCUUAAAGUACCGAGCGGUUCAACAAGUCCUGAACUACAAAUACCAAAUCAGCCGAUAAAACCAGUCAAAAUAAAAAAUAAAUCAAAAUCUACAUCUCCAGUAUCAGCCAAUGAUCAAUCAUCUCUUAUGAAUGGGGCUCCUGUUCAUCAACAUCAUCGUUAUCGUCAUAAGACUACUGAUGAAAAUCGUUCAAGUCCAAGUAGAACUCAACUGAAUAAAAAACUUCAAGAACAAACGAUCGUAUCGACAACAUCUACAACAAAUAAUUCCGAUCGUGUCACACUUGUUGUUGACGAAACAAGAUUUGUUAUCGAUCCACAAUUAUUUCGUGCACAUCCAAAUACGAUGCUUGGCAGAAUGUUCAGUAUAUCAUGGGAAACAUCACUCGUACCUAAUGAACGAGGAGAAUAUGAAGUUGCUAAUGGAAUAUCAGCUACGAUCUUCCGAAGUUUAUUAGAUUUUUAUAGUAUUGGAACAAUCCGCUGUCCACCUUCGAUAAGUAUACAAGAUCUACGUGAAGCAUGUGAUUAUUUUCUAAUACCUUUUGAUCAACUAACAAUUCAAUGUCAAGAUUUAUGUGGAUUAUUGCAUGAAUUAUCUAAUGAUGGUGCAAAAAAACAAUUUGAAAUGUUUCUUGAAAAUGAUAUUUUCCCCGUGCUUGUUGAAUCUGCUCAACGCGGUGACCGCGAAUGUCAAAUAGUGAUUUUAUGUGAUGAUGAUCUGAUUGAAUGGGAUGAUGAUUAUCCACCACAAUUGUGUCAAGAAGAAGAUAAAGCUCAAAUUAUACGUUCAACUGCUAUAUAUAGAUUUUUUAAGUAUAUUGAAAAUCGUGAAGUAGCUAAAUUGGUGCUGAAAGAUCGGGGUUUGAAAAAAAUUCGCAUGGGUAUCGAAGGUUAUCCGACGCAUAAAGAAAAAGUUCGUUGUCGUCCACGAGCAAGACCAGAAGCUAUUUAUAGUUAUAUUCAAAGACCGUUUCUUCGUAUGUCAUGGGAAAAAGAAGAAGCAAAAUCACGUCAUGUAGAUUUUCAAUGUGUACGAAGUCGAUCAGUGAAUAGUCUCAUUGAUGUCAAUGAUGAUCAGAAUUCUGGUAAUGCUCUACCAUUUCCAUUUCUAGAAAUUGCUCAAAACCAAAUGAUACCACCACCACCAUCACCUAGAGAACUUUUUCCUGCAUUACCGCCAUUUUCUUCAUCGGGUCUUCCCGGCGAUAAUUUGACCGAUUGA